CACCAGCGCAGCUCUCCACCACUGCAACGCCCCCACAGAGAUUUGCUGCAAAAUUAAAAUGUCUACGAGAUAAAUCCGAACGAAGCUUUGCAGUUUAAAACACAUAUAAAGAUUAUAGAGGAGAUUUGGAGUCCUCGACAGCAUGCGUGGCGCUCGCGUGCAGGAGCUGAGCAAAUACCUGCUUGCAGGCCAAUUGCCCCGAACUGGAUGCCUGCGACGCGUACCUCAGUCUGUAUUUACUGCUUCACAGUCCCAAUUCCACCUCAGCAUUUCCCUACGGCACUUUCACAGCAGUAUACCAGCCCAAGCGGAAGCUGCGGCGCCGCUUCGAAAGCGCCUAAAGGACGAAGCAAAAGAGGCCAAGAAGCAGGGCAAGAAGAAGAGCAAGGCCGACUCACAGACGGUCGACGGAUGGGAAUUGACUGUCGGAAUCGAAAUUCAUGCACAGCUCAACACCGCACGCAAGCUCUUCUCCUCGGCCGCGACGUCCUUCAACGACGACCCCAACAGCCAUGUGGCCCUCUUCGAUGUCGCCAUGCCCGGCAGCCAGCCUCGUUUCCAGAAGGAAACACUCGUUCCCGCCUUGCGAGCCGCACUAGCUCUCGACUGCGAGAUCCAGUCCGUUAGCCGAUUCGAUCGAAAACACUACUUUUGGUGGGAUCAGCCCGCCGGUUACCAAAUCACACAAUACUACCAGCCCUUUGCAAAGAAUGGGCAUCUCACGUUGCUUGCGCGCGAUGGAAUUUCGCCUGAGGAUGGAGAGAGUGUCACUGUUCGCAUCAAGCAGGUUCAGAUGGAGCAAGACACGGCCAAGACACUUGCCCAGACCGAAGGCGUGCAAUGGCUCGACUUCAACCGUGUCGGCACGCCGCUGAUUGAAAUCAUCACUGAGCCCGAUAUGCACCACCCGCGAACUGCGGCCGUCUUUGUCAAGAAGAUCCAGCUGCUCCUCAACACGGUCGACGCCUGUGUUUCAGGCAUGGAGGCUGGUGGUCUGCGCGCCGAUGUCAAUGUUUCCGUACGAAGAACCGACGACCCCAACGCCCCGCUGGGCACGAGAACCGAAAUUAAAAACCUCAGCACUAUCAAGGCUGUCGAAGAUGCCAUUAUUGCCGAGCGUGACCGCCAGAUUCGCGAGCUCGAGGCCGGCGGCAAGAUUGCCAGUGAGACCAGAGGUUGGACCGUCGGUUCUACAGAGACGAGACGCCUGCGAGGCAAGGAGGGUGAGGUGGAUUACCGUUACAUGCCGGAUCCUGACAUUGAGCCCCUGUAUAUUGGUGAGGAUCUGGUGCAACAUUUGCGCAGCUCGCUUGCCGUGCUACCAGACACCGAGCUCGACACUCUUAUCUCGCAGGGUCUCACGGCCAAGGACGCAGCCUCGCUUAUUGUCCUCGACAACGGAGACAGAGUGCAGUACUUUUACCGUGUGCUGCAGCUUGUGGAGGGCAGCCUUUCGGAUAGCGAUGCUUCGCCCGACACAGCGGCCUACACGGCCAUGGUCAGUAACUGGGUGAUUCACGAGCUGGGCCGUCUCACUACACAAAAGGCCGGCGCAAUGGCCGCAGACGACUUGACGUUUACUGUGGAUGGCGAGUGCCAGCAGGUGCCCGCGCAGCAGCUCGCUGAUUUGCUUGUGCAUUUGUACCGCAAGCAAAUCACCGGCAAAGUGGCCAAGGAGCUUCUCCUGGCUAUUAGCUCGGGGGAACUUGACGAGGGCGUCACAGGCGCCAUUGAGGCCAACGAUCUGUGGUUCCAAGAGAUUACGGCGCAAGAGUACGAUGAGCUCGCGAACGAGGCUCUCCAGGGCGAGGACAAGGUCCUGGGUGCAUUCACCGCGACCAAGUUCCCCCAAGGCAAGCUCAUGUAUCUGGUAGGCAAGAUGAUGCGUCUGGGGCCUACGGAGAGCAUUGAUCCCGUUGCCGCUGAAGCUGUGAUGCGUGAAAAGGUCACGUCCUUGACGAACAAGAAUCUGUAAAAUUACGUGUACAAUUAGCAUUAAACACCCCCAUAAUCACGAACAAUUACAAAGCUCUGUCUGCCAAGGAGAAAGGACCCAAGACCCCUUGCAGUAUUAAAAGUCCAUCGCAUUCUAGACCGCGCUGAAAAAGCGCAUUCCAAGGAACCGGCACCCCGGCGCACUCCACAGUCUAAACUCAGAUCUUGAUUUUGAAGGGCGCUAGUCAACCGUCGCAGUGGCGCUGUCUGCUGCAGGCACGGCUCCGCGGCGAGUUGUCGCAAGAUGACAUCACGACUGCCGCUAGCGGGGAGCCGGUAUAAACGGCGCCCCUCGGCCAGCACCCUCUCUCUCUCGCUGUCUGUCAUUCUACUUCCAAUUCCUUUUUAAAAGAAAUCU